CGGCGGCGAUUGUUAGUGUUCGCCAGCCGUAGCGGCUUCUAUCGCGACGUUUAGUAGCCGUUGUCACGUGCCCCGUGUCUGUCCGUCCGUCCGUCCGUCCGUCGGCGGUAUCGCGUCCGAUAGCAUUUGCACUUGUAGAGCCGUUCGUUUCGCGUUCAUCUCGCGUCGAAAAUCGUCUCGUUUUUUUUCGUUUCUUUUUCCGGGACCGUCUCCCGACAAACUCAUCAUCGUACGUCGUACGCGCGCAAAGUAACGUUUCACCCCCCUUCCCUUCCCCAAUCGCUUUUGACGACAUACCGUUUCCGUCCGACACGUAACGCGAGUUGACCGACGACCACGAGGUAAACGGCGACACGGAAAUCAUGAAGUCGCGUCCGCCGCAGUGGUUCCGACUCGGCCGGAGCACGCUGAUGAUCGUACUGUUGUGCUUGGUCGUGCUGCAGAUCGUGUCCGACACAGAUCAGGCAGCAAUGACCGUGGACGUGGUGCGGGUGGUGCGCGUGGACGUGCCGCCGGUGGUGCGGUCGUACGACGCGGCCGGACCUGGCGAGCCGCCGUUGCUGUUGGGCUGCGUGUACGCGCUGCACGGAGGCGAGAACGACGACGAGAACGGCGACGUGGUGGCGACGGUGGCGCCGAACGGGACCGCGGACGGCCGGGACAAGCGCGGGUCGCCGGCACCGGAGCUGGCCAUGGACGCGGCCAUGGAGGAGGUGCAGCGGCAACGGGGCCUGGUGGUCAAGUGGUACUUCCGUCGAAACCCGGUGCCGGUGGCCGAGGCCAACGACGCUAUGGCCAUCAUCAACGACAACGAGCAGGUGUACCAGUGGAUCGCGGGCGGCGGCCCCGAGGCCGGUGGUGGGCUGGGCCCGUUGAGCGGUCGUACCGUGGACGUGACCGAGCAGACGCCGCGCGACGACCGGUCCGCGUUGCACCGGGUCAUCCGAGUCGAACGGCCUGCCGCCGAUCUUACCGGCGAGUACCGGUGCCAGGUGGAAGACUGGAACGCUGAACGCCGGUCCGCGUGGCAACCAAUGGUCGUUUACACGCCAGAACGAAUUUUCAAAGUGAUCGUCGAUGACAACGAUGACGACGACGAGGACGACAUUACUGAAGGAAGCGGAGGUGAGCUGAACUCCACGACAUCGGUACCGACGACCAGCAGCGGAGCUCCAUCGACCGGUCCAAAAAUGUGGCCGACCGAGAUCAACAUCACGUGCUACGCCGCUGGCAUGCAUCCCGAACCGUCCAUGAACAUCUGGGUGAACGGAGUGAUGCAGGAUAACGUGACCGUGGUGGUGAUGGAGGACGACGGUGAUGACGACGAGAGCAACGACGGCGACAGCAGCAGCACGACCACGACGACCACAACCACGGUCAGGCCAAAGGUGACGUACAGAAACCGGUUCAGAGCGAACAGGGGUGAGGAGGUGUACAGGAAGUACGCGGUGCGCGCGAACAAGGUGGUGUCGCUCAGGGACGCGGAAGAGCUGCACGGUGGCAAGCAGCGCCGACGCAACGCUGUCGACGUGGAGUGCAGGCUGCGCGUGCCCGGCGAAGGGACCGGCCACGGCCGCUGGAAGGCGGACCGCUUUUACGGCGCGCACAAGUCGGUGUCGUACAAGUACCGCGGUGACCAGCAGACCGCAACCGGCGACGCUUUUGCAGCUGUGUCAUCGGCCUCAUCAGUGGCCGACGACGAUAGCGGCCGUCGUGACGGCAAAGAUGACGGCGACGUGCACGGCGACGCCAACCGCGGCGGUAGGUCUCAGCACGCGUCCGCAUUCGUACGGUCCGCGAUCGUAUUCGGCGCGGCCACCGUGGCCGCAUUCACUUUGCAGUGAACGCCCUCCACACCCACAGUCAAACCCUAGUCGUCCCCUCUCCCGUCCCGUCGUCACCCCGUUACCCUUUUCACCCCGAGGACCCCUGAAGUAUACCGCCCGAACGAGACGCUAUCAAACCACACUUUCUGCACCAGCCGCCACCGCAUUCCCCCUCUUGCCCCCGGAAACCAUCCGGCCGCCUUCCACCACCCGAUCCCUAGCUGUACGAAGACCAUCGUUUCUGGCCGCACGAGUUUCUCAGAUGAUCGAUUUUUUGAUUUAUUUAUUUUUUUUUUUUUGAUUCUUGUCGUUCCUCCUCUUCAACGCGUUGGUGGCCAACAGGAUUUGGACACGUGACACCCCGGGCCCGCGGAUACAACGUAGGAAACGACGUGUAAUAUCCGGAAUCGAACAAUGUAACUUCAACUCGUCGACGUCUUUCUGAAUAUCGAAUAUCGAGCGCGACCUAACCUGCGACAUGACAAACUCGACGGGUACGGACGACCAUCCCGCCGUACCGCAGGACACGUGUGUUCGGAUUUAGAUCGAUCGCUUUCCGAUACGGUUAUAAAAUCGCGUUCCAAGUAUAGUACUAUCGUUUACCAUCCGGUUUAUUGUUACGAUGCACGUAAAGGUUUGUUUUCAUUUCUUUUUUCGGUAAAACCGAUUUAUAUUUUUGAGGAGCUUUAACCGGGAACCGAACCCGUUGGGUUUCCGUCUAUCCGCAUGCAUGUGUUAUGCCCUUCGAGUUGGGAUUUCUCUGGGACGUGUAUGAGUGAAAUCGCUGAACAACAUCGCUCCAUAAGGGCUCGCGAACGCUUGAUAAACAAUUCAGAUCACAUCGCACGGAAACGAAUUCACCACCGUUCUGUGAACGCGAUUCCAUGGUUCGCAUUAGUCAUCACGCGGAUAAUCGACAAAUCACGAUCACGCACGAUCCGAUCUAGUUGCCGUUCAUAAAUCAAUUGAUUACUAUCACCGCGAGAACUUUACGUGCGGUUUGACUCGGCGUUCGUCUUUUGGUGACAACGUGUACGUAUACCGUGUUUUACAAUUGUGUUUCCUCGUCUGGAGGUUGUUUUUAAAAUGUUCAUACCCAUAUUCAUACGUCAUCGUACCUUGCUGCUUAUUCUCAAGCUCGUCUCUCUAUAUAACAACGUAAAAUAAACACAACCGCGCGGCGUGUUUUUCGCGUGCAUAUUAUUUUCUCUAAUUUUCAGUCGAUUUCAAUAUUAUCUAGUGGUUUUUAUCUUCCACCCAUUUAAAACGGUACAAAACUUUAUUAUGAAUUGCCGUGGACGACGUUUUGAAUUUCAAAAAGAAAAAUAUCAACCGUUUUUAUUAUUAUUACUGUAACACCGGCGCAAACGUCCUUAGAUCAUUAUUCAUUAUACGGAUAUCGACGUACUGAUGUUCUGGUUGUAACGCGUAGCUCCCCUUCACCAUGCAGCUGCUUUAUGUUAUUUUAUUAUAAUUUAUUGUAAAUAUUAUGUAAGUUUUAACACUAUCGUCACGGUUAUAAUACACAUUUCUAGUCUAUAAUGAUAGUAAAAAAUAAAAUAAAAUAAAAAAAUGAUAGUAAUACAUAGUUUAGUCCCAUGUAUACGUAAACGUGGUAGGUAGUAUUAAGAUUAUUUUGUGUUUAUAUUAUUACAGUUUACUACUACAACUGCUAUUACUACUACUACAUUAUGUCGUAUUUGUUUUGUUGAUUUUUUUAAUUUUUUAUUUUAUAUUGUUUUUCGACAUAUUUGGCUUACAUAAACUAAACGAGUUAUUUUAUUAGUUUGUUUAUUGUUAUUACUUACUACGUGAUUGUACGUUACAUAGUAUAUUAUAAUACUAUAUUAUUAUCCUGUAAAAUAUUUAUUAAACUUAUUAGCGAAUUACGCAUUUCUAAUUGUUCGGAAACAACUAGGCUAGGAAUACCAAAGAUACGUUUUUGUUUUAUUGUAUACCAAACUCUAUAUUAUAGAAUACUAUGUAGUAUGACAUUUGGCAUAAACGCUUACAAUAUUAUACAACACGAUUUUAAU